UUAAAACUCCGCGAUGGCGCUGGAAUCACACCUGCCCCCUUUUUCUGACCCUCGUAGUUGCCCCAGCGCGUGCAGGACCAACAUGCCCAGCAGCAGUAACAGCGUCCCAACUCAGCUGAAGCAGAAGAGCAGCACGUGCGCGGAUCUGUAGUGGUUUGUGAAGGAUGGCAGUGCUGCUGGCUCUCUGCGCUGCGGUUUGCUGCUCUGCUCUCCAGACUGUGGGCGUCAAGCUUUACUCCAACAGAUACGAGGGUGAUCAGGUGUUGAGAAUAAUCCCCAGCAGUCAUGUGGAGAUCCAGUUACUCAAACAGCUUUUUCAAAACAUGACGGUGGACUUCUGGCAGCCCAGCAGCACUUCUUUUAUCCACAUGGGCAGCUCAGUGGACAUCCACGUGGGACGAAACAGCACAGGACGUCUCAAAGCUCACCUCCAACAGACCCACAUCCACUAUGAGGUGCUCAUCCCUAAUCUCCAGAAGGAAAUGGAAAAACAGGCAGGAUAUCGAUCCUCCAGAAAGCGCCGUUCAGAAUUCCAGUACGACUAUGAAGUGUAUCAUCCGUUGGAGGAGAUCCAGAGUUGGAUGUUUGAAAUGAACCGGACACACCCGCACCUGGUGGACAUGUUUUCUAUUGGACGGUCCUACGAGGGACGGCCCCUGUAUGUGCUAAAGUUAGGAAACAGAAAACGGCUCCAUAAGAAGGCGAUGUGGAUAGACUGUGGAGUUCACGCACGCGAGUGGAUCGGCCCGGCCUUCUGCCAGUGGUUCGUCAGAGAAGCCGUGAACUCCUAUCUGCACGAUUCCAGUAUGAGGCGACUGAUGAAUCAGCUGAAUUUCUACAUCAUGCCUGUCUUCAAUGUGGAUGGAUAUCACUACAGCUGGAAAACCGACCGCUUCUGGCGGAAAACGCGCUCCAAAAAUGCCAAGUAUCACUGCCGUGGAGUCGAUGCGAACCGCAACUGGAAGGUGAAGUGGUGCGAUGAAGGAGCAUCCUUACACCCGUGUGACGACACAUAUUGUGGCCCUUUCCCUGAGUCGGAGCCUGAAGUGAAGGCCGUGGCCAGGUUCCUACGCAAGCACAGAAAGCAUGUCAAGGCUUAUAUAUCCAUCCACGCCUACGCUCAAAUGCUCCUGUACCCCUACUCCUACAAAUACGCCACCAUCCCCAACUUCGACUGUGUGGAAACAGCAGCGCAGAAUGCUGUGCGCGCCCUUUACUCUGCAUAUGGAGUGAGGUACAGAUACGGACCUGCCUCCACCACGCUGUACGUAAGCUCAGGGAGCUCUAUAGACUGGGCCUACAAGAACGGAAUCCCCUACGCUUUCGCCUUCGAGCUGCGAGACACGGGCUAUUAUGGCUUCCUCCUGCCUGAGGCCCUAAUCGGCCCCACCUGCAUGGAGACCAUGAGGGCAGUGAGAGCCAUUGCCUCGGGCUUGCUGAAGAAAUGCACCAGCUGAACCCUGAGGACAUCUCUCUCUUUCUCUCUCUCUCAAAUGCUCCAUCCCUUCCUCUUGCCCCUGGAGCAGCUUUCAAAGCUAACAUGUCCCUACUGGCUGUUCCUCAAUGUGUCAGCGCUGAUAUCUCAAAGUAUGUGUCAUGAGGGCAUCCAAAACAGCUGACACUGUGAACUGUGAGAAACAUUCUAGCUUCAGUGUUGAAUACUCCCUCAAGGUGUGGGUGGGUGAUAUGGACGAAAUGUUGUAUCACAGUACUUGGAGACCUUUUCACGAUACAUGAAAUAUAUCACGAUAUUUAGUGUUUUUGAGGUUUGCGAACAAGUUAAAAUACACUCAAAAAAGACUAAAAUCUAUGGGCAUAAGGAACAUUUAAGCAAAAUAGGAGGAAUAAUCAAGCAAUUGGUAAAAAUAAGCCACUAAAUUUUAAAUUAAGGCCAUAAAUGCAUUUUCUAAGUGUGACGCGUCAACCCUAUAGAAGCAUUUAAGUAGCAAAAUUCAAGUGAAUAUGUAAAAUGUGAAUGUAUUCUAAUGUUUGAAUUGAAAAUUUCCAAUUGCAAUUUUUGGCUCAAAAUGAAAAUUCAUAUUCAGUUUUAGUGUUUUAAUUUGCCAUUUGGUACACUAGUAUUGACAUUUCACUUACACAGAAAUUUAGAUGCUUUCCAAGAAACUUUAAUGAAAUUAAAAUAUAUUUUCAGGUCUGCAUAUUCAAUCCUUAUGUGGAAACACACAAUAUUGGUGUCAAUGUAAUAAUUAAAAUGUAAUUUACCGUAUUUGCAUUUGCACUCUCUAAUAAUAGUUUUCAAAUUGCACUGUCAAAAGAACACUAAGCUAGAAAAAUGGCAAAAUGCAUAUAAAAAGGAAAACAGUGCCUCUCCUCUUCUCCUUUUUCCAAUUACAUAUUCUCACCUACUGCACUCAUUCUGCCUUUGACCUGAUUGCAUUUAGGGUCAAAUUUUAGCAAAUGAAGCAAAUGCCAUUAUUCAUGAUUAACUACACAAAUACUGCUAUUAAUCAACAUAACUUAUUUUAAUCAUUACAAGUGGCAUAAUGGCCUGCUAUCCAGUUAUACACAGAAAGGCGUAAUAUAUCACAAUAACGAUAACAUAUUGUCAUAUCACCCACCCCUAGCUCAAAGUAAAACAGGAAUAUCACACUGUACACAGAUAUCUCUCUCAUUCUUAUACCACACUUACCCUCAUUUCCAUCAAACUGUUGUUCAGAGUGCCUUUGCCUCGUCCUGCAGCAAGGGGAAAUGCCCUGUGGCCUUUUGGAGAUGCACCUGUAAACAAAGUGUUUCUGAAGUGUCCUGCUGUUUCGGAGCACUUGCUGAACCUCACCUGCAGUACGAUCCAUAAGAAAAGCAAAGACCAAAGAAUGUAAACAUUGUAUACUUUUAUAUUCUAGUAAGUAUAUUUUGUAUAGUAUUUUGUAAUGGUGGCUUUAUACAUAAUGCAGAGCUACGAAACCAGGCGAAAGCUUCACUGAGCUGUGUUUGAUGUGCAAUGGACCAUUGAAGUACAUUCAAACAAUGAUGGGCAAAGUACAGGAAAUACUUCCUUAUGGGCUUUUCACUCUAUUUUUUAUGAUGUCAAGCAACAAUAACGACAUUUUUCAUAUAUUACAAUGACGAUAGCAUUUUUACUGUACUUCAGACAGGUUUCUGGCUCUUUUACUGUGCUAACCUAUUUAUAGAUAUAAACUGUUAUAAUAACUGUUCCUAAUACAGCACUGUGCAAAAGUCAGAGACCACACCUCAUUCAUUUGUUUUGCAGUGUCAGGAAACUCCUGGUCUCCAGUACUGUAUCAUGGAUGAUGGGAUAUGUUUUAUGGCCUGUAAUUUUUACAUGCAUAUUCAAAAAUGUUUUAUUAUGUUUAGCAUCUUAUACAGAAAAUAUGGGAGCGAUACCCAAAAUAAUGGAGUUUUUAUCUUUAUGGACUUUUUAUUAUGUUUUUAUGGCAUGAAGCUACAAUAUUGUAAUUUUUACUCUAUAUUACUAUAACUAAUACUUUGUACUGGAUUUCAUAUUGGUUUUUAUAUUCAAGCCUAUUUAUAGAGCGGUAAUUAUUUCAUAUAGUAUGCAAUAUGUGUGCUGGAUAUAAUGAUAAUUUCAGUACUGUUCCUCUGUUUAGUAUGUGACUGUAGUACUGCAGUUUUGUCUAGAAGUUAAAGAUGAAUAUAAAUCACCUGUUCUGGAUUGUACAACACACCCGAAUGCUGCGGCAGGGGUUUGAUAAUUCAAACAGAGGACCCUCCGAGAUGGUGUAUGCUGUAAUCUUUUCAUAAUGAAGGCUCGUCUUUGGGUUUUAUUCAGGCGGGCCCAUUGUAGGAGCUCAGAAAUAAAAGACUAGCCCCGCUCCUUUGAAACCUCACUCUGCUUUUAAUAAUUCAUUUCACAAGAAGAAGACUGUUGAGUCUUUGGGAUACAGCUGAGAGUCCUCCAGCAGUCUGCGCGUCUGUUCUGUCUGUGAGACGAGGAAAAUUGGGCGUUCAGCAAAGGGCUCAGAGAAGAAAACAGUCAGGCUACAAAUACCAGUA